UGCUUUGGGGGGGAAGAAAUUCAUGGGGCUUCCUCAGCUUGCUGAAAGCACUGCUGAUGUGUGGCUGUGUUCCCCUGCCAGUCCUCUGGCCAGUCCUCCGAGUGACAGCGUGGCCUCUUAAAAAUACAUCUGGUUAAGCUGAGGACCCGAGCAGCCCUCCUGCACGUGCCAGCGGCCAGCUCGCCUUGGGGGACGCAGCUGAGGUCGUGGCCUUGUCCCGACGUCCAAGAUGGUCUUGCACAGACCCCACCUCACCUGCGCAGGGAUAGCCUUUGCCCUGUACCUCCACCACCUCGUCAGCGCCAUCGAAGUCCCUCUGGAUUCAAAUAUUCAGAGUGAAUUGCCUCAGCCCCCCACAAUCACCAAGCAGUCCGUGAAGGACUACAUCGUGGACCCGCGGGACAACAUCUUCAUUGAAUGUGAAGCCAAAGGGAACCCCGUUCCCACCUUUUCCUGGACGCGGAAUGGGAAGUUCUUCAACGUGGCCAAGGACCCCAAAGUGUCCAUGCGGCGGCGGUCGGGGACGUUGGUCAUCGACUUCCACAGCGGGGGGCGGCCGGAGGACUACGAGGGCGAGUACCAGUGCUUCGCCCGCAACGACUACGGCACUGCACUCUCCAGCAAAAUCCACCUCCAGGUGUCCAAGUCUCCCCUGUGGCCCAAGGAGAAGGUGGAUGUGAUUGAGGUCGAUGAAGGUGCUCCGCUGAGCCUGCAGUGCAACCCGCCGCCCGGCCUGCCCUCUCCCGUCAUCUUCUGGAUGAGCAGCUCCAUGGAACCCAUCCACCAGGACAAGCGUGUCUCCCAGGGCCAGAACGGCGACCUCUACUUCUCCAACGUCAUGCUGCAGGAUGCCCAGACCGACUACAGCUGCAACGCCCGCUUCCACUUCACCCACACCAUCCAGCAGAAAAACCCCUACACCCUCAAGGUGAAAACCAAGAAACCCCAUAACGAAACGUCCUUACGAAAUCACACUGACAUGUACAGUGCCCGAGGGGUUACGGAAACGACGCCCAGCUUCAUGUACCCGUACGGGACCUCGAGCAGCCAGAUGGUGCUCAGGGGGGUGGACCUCCUGCUGGAGUGCAUCGCUUCAGGAGUACCAGCACCAGACAUCAUGUGGUACAAGAAAGGAGGUGAGCUCCCCGCAGGCAAGACCAAGCUGGAGAACUUCAACAAGGCUCUUCGAAUCUCCAACGUCUCGGAGGAAGACUCCGGGGAGUAUUUCUGCUUGGCCUCGAACAAGAUGGGCAGCAUCCGCCACACGAUCUCGGUGAGAGUGAAGGCUGCUCCAUACUGGCUGGACGAGCCCCAGAACCUCAUUUUGGCCCCUGGCGAGGACGGCAGGCUGGUUUGCCGAGCCAACGGGAACCCCAAGCCCACGAUACAGUGGCUGGUGAACGGGGAGCCCAUAGAAGCUUCUCCGCCCAACCCAAGCCGUGAGGUGGCUGGAGACACCAUCGUAUUUCGAGACACCCAGAUCGGCAGCAGCGCCGUGUACCAGUGCAACGCUUCCAACGAGCACGGCUACCUCCUGGCCAACGCCUUCGUCAGCGUCCUGGACGUGCCACCACGGAUACUGGCCCCUCGAAACCAGCUGAUCAAAGUCAUCCAGUACAACAGGACCCGGCUGGACUGCCCCUUCUUCGGCUCCCCCAUCCCCACCCUGCGCUGGUUUAAGAAUGGCCAGGGAAACACGCUGGACGGAGGGAACUACAAAGCGCACGAGAACGGGAGCCUGGAGAUGAACAUGGCUCGGAAGGAGGACCAGGGCAUCUACACCUGCGUCGCCACCAACAUCCUGGGCAAAGCGGAGGCUCAGGUUCGCCUGGAAGUCAAAGACCCCACCAGGAUUGUGCGAGGCCCCGAGGACCAAGUGGUGAAGAGGGGCUCCAUGCCUCGCCUCCACUGCCGCGUCAAGCAUGACCCGACGUUGAAGCUCACGGUCACCUGGCUGAAAGACGAUGCACCCCUCUACAUUGGAAACAGGAUGAAGAAAGAAGACGACGGUCUGACGAUAUAUGGCGUGGCGGAAAAGGAUCAAGGCGAUUACACCUGCGUAGCCAGCACGGAGCUGGACAAGGAUUCAGCUAAAGCCUACCUCACUGUCUUAGCAGUCCCUGCUAACCGCUUGAGAGACUUACCUAAAGAGCGCCCCGACCGGCCGCGGGACCUGGAGCUGACGGACCUGGCCGAGAGGAGCGUGCGGCUGACGUGGAUUCCCGGCGAUGACAACAACAGCCCCAUCACAGACUACAUCGUGCAGUUCGAGGAGGACCGCUUCCAGCCCGGCACCUGGCACAACCACUCCAGGUACCCCGGCAGCGUCAACUCGGCCGUCCUGAGCCUCUCCCCGUACGUCAACUACCAGUUUCGGGUGAUUGCCGUGAACGACGUGGGCAGCAGCCUGCCCAGCGUGCCCUCUGAGCGAUACCAGACCAACGGGGCGCGUCCUGAAAUUAACCCAACAGGAGUUCAAGGAGCAGGGACCCAAAAAAACAACAUGGAGAUAACCUGGACGCCCCUGAACGCAACCCAGGCGUACGGGCCCAACCUCAGGUACAUCGUGAGAUGGAGGCGCAGGGACGCACGCGGGAGCUGGUACAACGAGACAGUGAAGACCCCGAGGCACGUGGUCUGGAACACCCCCAUCUAUGUCCCCUACGAGAUCAAAGUGCAGGCAGAGAACGACUUCGGCAGAGCACCAGAGCCUGACACCGUCAUCGGCUACUCGGGGGAAGAUUAUCCCAAGGCUGCGCCUACGGAUGUUAGGAUAAGAGUUUUAAACAGCACUGCCGUUGCCCUGACGUGGACCCGCGUGCACCUGGACACCAUCCAGGGACAGCUUAAGGAGUACAGAGCCUAUUUCUGGAGAGACAGUAGUUUGCUGAAGAACCUGUGGGUCUCCAAAAAACGGCAGUAUGUGAGUUUUCCUGGAGACCGAAACCGGGGCAUAGUGUCCCGGCUGUUUCCUUACAGCAACUACAAGCUUGAGAUGGUUGUAACCAACGGCAGAGGAGAUGGGCCUCGCAGCGAAGUUAAGGAGUUCCCCACCCCAGAAGGAGUGCCCAGCUCCCCCAGGUAUUUAAGAAUCCGACAGCCAAAUCUGGAGAGCAUCAAUCUGGAGUGGGAUCACCCAGAGCAUCCCAAUGGAGUCCUCACAGGAUACAACCUUAGAUAUCAAGCCUUUAACGGAUCCAAAACGGGCAGGACCCUGGUAGAGAACUUCUCUCCCAAUCAGACAAGGUUCACCCUGCAGAGGACGGACCCCAUCUCGCGCUACCGAUUCUUCCUGCGCGCUCGGACCCAGGUGGGAGACGGAGAAACCAUCGUGGAGGAGUCGCCAGCCCUGCUGAACGAAGCCACGCCAACCCCAGCCGCAACCUGGUUGCCUCCAACUGCAAUCGAUCUAACCAGCCCUACGGCAACCCCAACCACAACUGCCACAACUACCACCACCACCGCCACCACCACCACCGAUACCACCACCACCGACACCACCACCACCACUACAGCCGCCACCACUCUGCCCGCCACCACCGUCGCAAGCACCACAACAACUACAGAGAGGGCUCCGGCAGCCACCACAAAGCAGGAGCUGGACACCAAUGGAUCGUCCAUAUGGGACAUAAGAGCUUUGGCUAAUAGUAACUGGGCAAACAUCACCUGGAGCCACAAUUACUCUGCAGGAACUGACUUUGUGGUUAAGUAUAUCACCAGUAACAAGACAGAGAAAUCCAUCCCCGUAAAAGCUCAGACCCCCUCCUCUGUGCAGCUGGCGAAUCUGACGCCGGGGAUGGUGUACAAGCUGUGGGUAUUCCCCAUAUGGUCUAGCCCCAGCGAGCACUCGUACAUAACCUUUACCACCAGCUCAGCUUAUACCAAGAACCACGUGGACAUCGCGACCCAGGGCUGGUUCAUCGGGCUGAUGUGUGCCAUAGCUCUCCUGGUCCUCAUUCUGCUGAUAGUUUGCUUCAUUAAGAGGAGCAGAGGAGGGAAGUACCCAGUGCGAGACAAUAAAGACGAGCACCUAAACCCCGAAGACAAGAACGUAGAAGACGGCUCGUUCGACUACAGGUCUCUUGAAAGCGACGAAGACAACAAGCCCCUGCCCAACAGCCAGACGUCCCUGGACGGCACGAUAAAGCAGCAGGAGAGCGACGACAGCUUGGUGGACUACGGCGAGGGGGGCGAGGGGCAGUUCAACGAAGACGGCUCCUUCAUCGGGCAGUACACGGUGAAGAAGGACAAGGAGGAGACGGAAGGCAACGAGAGCUCGGAAGCCACGUCCCCAGUCAAUGCUAUCUACUCGCUGGCAUAGCGCAGGACACUGGCACCACGAACAGCCUGAGGGGUUUGUAGUGGGUGGGGGUUCACCAACAGCCGCCGCCGCCACUACCUCCAACACAACCGUGUGAACAACCAAGGACAUUUAAAAAAAAAAAUAAGAAAAAAAAAUAAGAAAAAAAAUAGAAAAAAAAAUAAUCCAAGCAAACAGGCAGACCAGGUGGCUGCCGACGCCAUCUUAUCCUUCGCAAACAAGCAAAUGGCAAGGACUCCCGAGGCGCGGUCGGGCUGGAGCUGGAAUCGGAGCUGAAGCGCGGGGCUGGAGGAGGCGCGGGGUGCAGGAGAGGGGUGCAGGGAGCAGGAGCACUGCAGCCAGCUCCCCCAGGUCGUUUUUGUUCUUUCAGGAGGGAGCGAAAAUUCUGUUUAAUACUUAUAGGAAGGUUCCAAAUAACUGGGAAAAAAGGAAUUCGGGGGAGGGAAGAGGGCUGAGCAGAACACCAAGAGCAUCAGAAACGCGUGAAAGAAAAGGAGAGCGGUCGAUAUUUGGGCACCACCCCCACGGCGCAGUACUACAGUGACGUCCAUCCUCAUGCAGCACCUUGCCCAUAGCCUCUCCCAAGCCUCCCUCCUGAAAGACCAAGCAGCACCUCAGCUGGGAACCCGCUGGGACCGCGCCGUGCCUCGUGUGGGUGCUGAGCCUCCAUGUCCGUGUCCCCUGGGGGCCACCCUCCACCUCCAGGUGGCUCGGGGGAGUCCCUGGAGGAUGAGGAACAGCAGAUGAGCCAGUGGGGUUUGCUGCAGGACGGCCGGGUGCCGCUCGCCCGCCAAGCCCGGGUGAGGCUCACUCACCAGGGUAACAGCACCGCUUGCCUGGGGAACCACAGGCAAACCAUUUUCUUUUAGUCUUUGCUUUGUAAGAAGUUGGAGGAAAAGUGCCCCCAGACCAUGCCUGCUUUCUUUUAAAGGCAACUCCAUAAACCUUAUGUAGCAAAGAGGGAGUGGAAGCAGGACCAGUAUUAACAAAGGACGAGGGGACCAGAAAUUGCUUAUUUAAGAAAAAAAAAAAAAAAAACAGAAAAAAUGACCACAAACACACACAAACAGCCAACCACUCGGUCAGGCCAAGAAGCACCCGCGGGGACCAGGCAGCAGAUCCCUGCCAUCGCCCUGCGCUGCAGCUCCGGAGCCCGACAGGGACACGGCCACGCGUCCCUUGGGGACAGUGCUGGGGAUGGCACUGAGCUCCUUGUCCACCCCCAGCAGCUGGGGCUGCUCCAGGCCGAGCGUUCCCAGCCCACCCCUCCUCCUACCGUCUUACAGUGGCCUUUUCCCCCCCUCGAUCAAUCAGCCUGAGAGACACUUCCACGCGCGCGGAACCCGCCUCCGCUCCGUUAUUUUACAUAUCAAGAAAAUGCAAUUUAGGUUAAACCCGUUAGCACGCCGCAACCAAGCGUCUCGGGUAGGAGUGCUCCUUCACAUGCCUUACACAGCUUCGAACUUCCCGGGAAGUUUUAACGAACUGAUCCUAACCCCCACACCGCUUCCGCGCCCCUAAGGCGGCGGGCGAUCCGCCGGCCCCGUAAGAGUAGGACACUGGGAGCUGUCCCAGCGGAGACCGCAUGGAUCCUUGUAGAGGGUAGAGUUUUCUAACAGACAGUACGUAGUGGCCAACGCUGUGUGUAUCCUCCCACUUCCUGCACUUUCGAAACCAAAGGUACCUUCGCGGAGAGAGAUCGGAUUUCUUCGGACCAUUUCACGGACGUCGAAUGAUGUUAGGAUGGAUUUUUCUUUCGUUUCUUUCCUACGGAGGAGGGUUUUGUUCAGCUUAAUGGAUUAAAUGCAAUAGGAUUAAAGCAAUUAUUCUUUUAGCUUGCAAGCUGGUUUGCUACGAAGACAUAUUGCUAACAAGAAUAAUUCUACUAAUAUGGAUUGCUCACAUGUACUUUGCCACCUUCUUGAAGCUGCUAACAGCACAACGACCCUGCUCUUUGGGGAAGGGAGCCUGGGCCGGGUCAGCACCACGCAGAGAGAACGGGAGAGAGCUGGAAGGGAACGGAGCAGCAGCGUAACCCCCGUGUAGAGGCGUUGAUGCGAUCCCAUUCCCACCGCUGCCGCCGAUGCGCUUUAAGGAGAGCAUCCCCCAGCCCGCCCAGCAGUCGCCUUCAGUUUUUAAGCAGACACAUUAAGCUCGAUGUAACGCGGCUCUCGGUCACGGGAAUCGCCAACGUGACAGCCCACGGCUGUCCUUACAGCGGCGCUGAGUUUGCAUAACGUGGAGAGAGCAACCUGCAGCCUUCGCCACCCGGCAGCAGGCUCUGGGCACAGAAAUUCUCCCUGCUUUGUCUCUCUGCUUGGCAGACCGGCUGCUCACAGGGACCAGGAAUCUUUCGGCUACCAUACGACAUCUCCAACCCUCGAGGAAGCUGGUCAGGCAUCCCUGGAAGCAGGGUGGUCUGUGCCGUGUGUCUGUAUUACGUGCCAUCUGUAUUAAAGCCUCUGUUUGUGUCCUGCCGUUAACCACAGCUUUACUCAGCAAACCUCUCCGGGUCCUGUUGGAAGCAGAGCAGCGCUCACCACGCGGCUUUUCCAUGCGUGCCCAGCACACCAUGGCCUCGGCGAGCAGGGAAUGAGCUGGGCUCAGCCUGGCCGAGCCCCAGAAAGCUCCUACAGAAACACCGACGGGCUCUGAGCAUCGCCGUGCUUGUGAGCAUGCAGGCAAGGAAUGCGAUGCCUGUGGAGGGCCUGUGAAUUACUUGUGGGCUCGUAUUGGCUGCAUGUAAAAUUACU